AUGUCCAUCCAGGGAGUCAACGGCCUCACUGCCGAAGAAUGGUUGAUCUUGAACGACCUGUGCGCUAAGGUCGCCCUUUUGACGGACAAGAUCAAGGUGCUCGAGGCCGAGUCCAAGGUGCUCAAUACCAGGCUCAAGGUGCUCGAGACCGAGGCGAAAGAGAAUAAGGCCGCAAUCGAGGUGCUCAAGGUCGAGACGAAAGAGAAUAGGGCCAUACUUGAGGCCCAGAAGCAAAAGCGACACUAG